UCUGAAAGUAGCGAUAAACCUCACUCGACCUGGCUUAGGUGGACAGACCACGGGGGACAGCAAGCGAGGGAGGCAGCAGCAGCGUUUAAAAAUGCAAAACUUUGCAUUGCUCACGAUAUUUUCCGUAGCGUUGUCGACAUUUUAUGUCGACGCGACUGUUUACUUUAAAGAGCAGUUCCUCGACGGUGAUGAAUGGAAGAGCCGGUGGGUGAACUCAGAGCACAAAUCUGACUAUGGACAGUUUAAACUUACCUCUGGGGACUUCUACGGUGAUGUGGAGAAAGACAAAGGCCUGCAAACCAGCCAAGACGCUCGCUUUUAUGCUGCAUCCGCCCGCUUUGAGCCCUUCAGCAACGAGGGCAAAACCCUGGUCAUCCAGUUCUCUGUCAAACACGAGCAGAAGAUCGACUGUGGAGGUGGCUACGUCAAAGUCUUCCCCGCUGACCUCAACCAAGCCGACAUGCAUGGAGAAUCGCAAUACUACGUCAUGUUUGGGCCAGAUAUCUGUGGCUACAGCACCAAGAAGGUUCAUGUCAUCUUCAACUACAAAGGCAAGAACCACCUCAUCAAGAAGGACAUCAAGUGUAAAGAUGAUGAGCUGACUCACCUGUACACACUGAUCCUGAAGCCAGAUCAGACCUAUGAGGUGAAGAUUGAUAAUGAGAAGGUGGAGUCAGGCUCUCUGGAGGAGGACUGGGACUUCCUGCCUCCAAAGAAAAUCAAAGACCCUGAGGCCAAGAAGCCUGAGGACUGGGACGACCGUGCCAAGAUUGAGGACGAGACUGACACCAAGCCCGAGGACUGGGACAAACCUGAGAACAUUCCAGAUCCAGAUGCUAAGAAGCCUGAUGACUGGGAUGAGGACAUGGAUGGAGAAUGGGAGCCAGCCAUGAUCCCCAACCCAGAGUACAAGGGAGAGUGGAAACCUAAGCAGAUCGAUAACCCCAACUACAAAGGAGUCUGGGUGCACCCUGAGAUUGAUAACCCUGAGUACAGUCCCGACACUGAGAUUUACAAGUUCGACAACAUUGGAGUCCUUGGGUUAGAUCUCUGGCAGGUCAAGUCUGGUACCAUUUUUGACAACUUUUUGAUCACAGACGAUGUGAAAGCAGCAGAGGAAUUUGCAGAAGAAACCUGGGGGGUUACUAAGGGCCCAGAGAAGAAAAUGAAGGAGGAGCAGGAUGAAAAGAAGCGCAAAGAGGAAGAGGAAAAGAAUAAGGAGCAGGACACGGCAGCAGAGAGCGAUGGAGAGGAGGAAGAGGAUGAGGAAGAUGAUGAGGAGGAGGAAGAGGAGACGGACGAGUCCCUGUCCGAGGGGGAUGAGAAUGAGGCACUUCCUAAAGAUGAACUGUAAACUCUGAAGUGGUACAAUAUUCUGCAGUCUCCAUGGCAACUGCAGGGCAUUCGAUGUCAUUUGAAAUGCGACUCUCUUUCAGUCACCUUUUUUUAAAUAGAGACGGAAGGGAGAGCAGCAGUGGGGUAUUUUCAUAAAGCAGGAUUUUUCUGUUAGCUGGAUAACUUAAGCCGAAAGUGAGAAUCGUCCAACAGGAAUAAUACUUAUUCCUUUUCCUUUUGACUUUGGCUUGAGUUAUUCAGCUACUAAAAUCCUGCUUUGUGAAGAGAGGAGUAUUUCACAAAGCAGAAUAUCAGAGUUAACCAGAUAACUUAAGCCCAAAGUUUAGGAUUGUCCAGUGGGAAUUUCCCUCAGCUUUUUUCCUAUUGGACAGGCCUAAGUUGUGUCCUGCUUUGUGAAGUACUCCCAGGUCAGAUCUGAAGAAAUAUAAAGGGGUGGUUCGUUUGUUUUUGGAAGGGAGUGGGGUUGGGAAACAGGUAUAGGGUUAAAUGGCAAGGGGUGUUUAUGUUUUGUCCCAUUACCUCACCAAAAAAACUGUCAGUUACAACAUAUACUACUUUGGCCAGUUACUUUGCCCAAAAGAUCAGUUUCGCUCCAUGAUGGCAAAUACACAUAGUUCCAUAGUGUGAUAAAUACACCAUGGAGUCUUCAAACAAGGAUGAAUUUUUGAAGUUUGUUCUAUUGUAAAUAAGUUGGUUACUGGUUAAAUGCCUAUACAUGAUGCUUCUGGUCACGACAUUCCUCACGAAAGCAGUCCUCUGCACUGUGAGAAUGUGGUUAUCCAUGAGAGAGACUGAAUGUUUGCAGAAGAUUGUAUCAUCCUCGAAGACAUCAGAAUUACAGACUUGAGAUUAGUUACUUUUGUGCUGUAGUUCAGUAUGUAAUUUAGAAUUGAAAUGUUUUCCAUUUGGCACUGAAUUUUUUUUAUUUUAUUUUUUUUUUUUUAAAAAAACAAAGAUGAGAUUCAUUUGUUCCAGCUCUAUUUAUUCAGCAGAAAUAUUGUCUGUCAUUUUUCACCUCAUACCGAUUGAUUGUUCUCUAUUUGGUUGAUGUACACUUCAACUUUUAAUUAUUGUCCACAAAAAUGCCU